UCUCCAAUGUCUCCAGCACAUGCUGUCACUUAACAGCAGAAAGAGAAUUCCUACUUUCAGGAGAAAAGUCAUUCCUGAAGAUUACAGUUAAAAUAUGCCUACAGAUGAUGAGGUUGUAGUAAAUCAGUCCCCUUGCUCUCUGAGCUUGUUCUAAGUUACAGGAAGCAGAAGAAGCAGAGAAGCACUCCAUUUCUUUUUUCUUGUAAUCUCUAGCAUGUUCAUAUGCAUAGUUUCUGAGUCAGUAGCAAACUAAGAACUUCUUGUGUGAUUCAAGCUAACCCCUCGAUUAUCAGAAGCAGAUGUUUCAAACGACUGAAGAUCAGUGAGGCAUAUCCUAUUUACAGGUUAAUAAUUGACUACUAGAUGCAGGUGCACCAAAUGGUCUUAGAGACAUUAGAUAGGAGAGACAAUGUCAGUGCUCCCCCUACCCUGCCUCCCCUAAUCUAAAGCCUACUCUGUUUCUUUUAUCAAGUGAUUGGCUGUAUGUUAACAGAGCCUGGGGCACUUUCCUGUUGAAAUGCCUUUAAUCCCAAGCAACUGGAUUGAUUUUUUUUUGGAUGGUUUAGAUUGGACGACUGAUUAUUGGACAGAAUGGCAUCUUGUCUACACCUGCGGUUUCCUGCAUUAUCAGGAAGAUCAAGGCAGCUGGUGGAAUCAUUCUAACAGCCAGCCACUGCCCUGGAGGACCAGGGGGAGAGUUUGGAGUGAAGUUUAAUGUUGCCAAUGGAGAUAUUGGUGGAGGCUUCAGUGGGAGAUGGCUUCACUGGAGAUAUUGCGAUUGAUGAUCUGUCAUUUAUGGACUGCACCCUCUACCCUGGUAAUUUGUCAGCAGACCUCCCAACUCCACCAGAAACGUCAGUUCCUGUAACAUUACCUCCACACAACUGCACAGACAAUGAAUUUGUCUGCAGGUCUGAUGAUCACUGCAUCGAAAAAAUGCAGAAAUGUGAUUUUAAAUACGACUGCCCUGACAAAUCAGAUGAAGCAUCCUGUGGUAGGUGGAUUCUUAAAAUUUGUUUAAAUAUUGCCACAAAAUAGAAAAUACAAGUGUAAUCUCUAAGUAGCACAGCCUAACAUCAUAGUUAGAUAUUUUCAACAUGAGUUAGGGCAACUUCUAAAUGUAACAGUUAUUCAUACAGAAAAUUGUGAUGGAAGAAUCAGAAUGCAUUUUCUGCCAGGCCCAGUAAGUGGUAAGUGUCUUUAGAUUAAUGUUUUGGAUUCAAAACUAUCGUUUUCACAAACUUUACUUGACUCUGGGAGUAGCAUUUAGUAGCUCUUUCCAUCCAUUCCCUUUGAUCUGUACUCCUGACACUAUAAAAUAGGGAAUGUUUAGGGAGGUAGCUUUAUAAUACUGUCAAAUUAAUUCAUUCAAAUUUUGCCAUUGCCAAAAUGCACAUACAACAUUAGUACUAUUAAAAUAUGCAGAGUUCAUGAGAAAACCUAUCUUAAUGCAAAUGAGACUUUUAUCCCCUGUGUCCUGGUUUUUACCUGCCAAUUCAAUGGUACCUGCCAAUUCAAUGGCUUUUCCUAAAUGGAUCAAAGACAAACUAUUUAAUUUAAAAAUGGACUUCUCAGCCAAAGAUACAGUCUGAGAGGAGAAAAAUUAAUCUGUGUCUGAAUGAGCAAAGCAUAAGAUCAGAAGGGUAAACACUUUGAAAUAUCUUUCCCUUCCCUGUUCUUUAUGGAGUAGCCUGUGAAUUGACUGUACCAUCAUAUUUCUCAAGUGUCUUGAUAAUAUUAAGGGCUUAGAACAGACAGAUAACACAGAGAGAGUAUUGAAACCCUUGUUUUAUGUCAACCUUGUGAAGAAAUUCUAGGACUUAAGAAAUCCAGUGAGGUUCAUAUUUAUUCUUUUAAUCUAGAAAAAAAGGUUUUUUAAUGUACAAAUACACCACCAAUUAACUAUCUAAUCUAGACUAAAAAAGUCAUAAAAUCAAAGCUGACUCACUUCGUGCAUAAGAUGAGACAGUAAUUAACUCAACCUAGC